AGAGUCUGGAGCACGAACAGCUGUGCGUCUAUUGCCCUUUUUCGGUAAACUUCCAUCACUAGUGCUCACAUAACCCUCUGCGGCAUUUGCCCAUUAGAAAAACACAACUGAACACAAAAUGCAAAUCACACGCCUUGUGCUGCGUCAACUUAGACGCCAAAUCCAUGUUCAACGUCAGUACAGUGCUGCUGCUCCGGCCGCAGCUGCAGCAGCUGAGAAACUCGUGCCACCCGUGCCGGAAGGUGUCGCCAAGCCACCCAACCCAAAGCUGGACAGUAUCGUCAACAAUAUAGCCGCGCUUAAUCUGCUCGAGGUGGCCGAACUGAGCACGCUGCUGAAACAAAAACUGAAUCUGCCAGAGACUGCAUUUGCGCCCCAGUUCGCUGCCGCCGGCCCCGCGCGUGCGGCUGCUGCCGAUGAUGAGGAGGAGGCGGCGCCCAAGAAAGUACAAACCUCGUUCAAGGUGAAGAUGAUCAAGUUCGAUGAGAAGCAAAAGGUGGCGCUAAUUAAGGAGGUGAAGAAUCUGCUCGAGGGCAUGAAUCUGGUGCAGGCCAAGAAGUUUGUGGAGAGUGCGCCGACCAUUGUCAAGGAGGACGUUACGAAAGAGGAAGCCGAGAAGCUGAAGGAGGCGUUGGCCAAGGCGGGCGCCAUCAUUGAAAUUGAAUAAGCUAACUUUUUACCACUAUUUGGCACUAAUAUCUAGAUGCUAGUUAUUUGUUGUAAUAAAAAACGUGACAGCACAUGCUGUAAACUUACCGGUAUGCCUUCUAAAAAA